AGUAAACAUAGCAAAUUAUUUAGAGAAAAUAGCAAAAUUCUCUCUUCAACAAUGCCUCCUGAAAACCUCCAAGAGCCGUUGAUUUCGCCGGUUACUGGCAUAUCUAACGGCCCAGAAAAGCUCACCAUUGAUGAAAUGCUUCAAAAAUACUGUGGAGAGUUUGGGAGGUGGCAACUUAGGCACUUUUUUUUAACCAGCCUAGGUUGGGCCUUAGAGGCUUUCCAUACUAUGGCUAUGAUCUUUGCUGACCGCGAGCCAUCUUGGCAAUGCAUUGGGCCAGGGUGCCAGCCUACGGCCCAACUUUGUGGGCUUCUACCUGGGUCUUGGGAAUGGGCUGAUGGGCGGGCCAGCUCCACCGUUUCAGAGUGGGGGUUGGUGUGUGGUGAUAAGUACAAGGUUGGAAUGGUUCAAGCUUUCUUCUUCUUUGGUUGCAUGAUGGGAGCAGGAAUAUUUGGUCAUCUAUCAGAUUCAUCUAUAGGAAGAAAAGGCUCUUUAACAAUAGCAUGUCUAUUAAAUGGCAUCCUUGGUUGCCUAACUGCCCUCUCACCAAACUACACAAUCUACACCCUCUUAAGAUUUUUAUGUGGGCUCGGUAGCGGGGGCGUAGGCAUGUGCGCCUUCGUCCUCGCCACAGAACCCAUUGGCCCCACCAAACGUGGGAUUAUCGGUAUGUCAACCUUCUACUUCUUCUCAACCGGAAUUGCCCUUCUCUCCGGAAUAGCCUACAUUUUCCAAUCUUGGCGAUCUCUUUACGUCGCAUCCUCAAUACCCUCACUUCUCUUUGUUACAAUCAUCAUCCCAUUCCUUUCGGAAUCUCCUAGAUGGUACCUCGUACGAGGAAAAACCAAGGAAGCUACCCAAAUCGUGCAUGUUAUAGCCCAAUCCAACGGUCAUACUAUCCCAAAAUCCGUAGAACUAAUCCUCGACGAUGAUAUAAACAAAAACAACAACAUCGAAACCCAAAAAAAAACCGAAAUGGGAAUCACAGGUUCUUUACUAGAUGUCGCAAAGUCACCCAUCAUAAGACUGCGCCUUUUUUUAGUCGUUAUAAUUAGUUUCUUUGUCGCGAUUGUGUACUAUGGUCUUAGUCUAAACGUUGUCAAUCUCGAGACUAAUCUCUACCUCAAUGUGUUCCUAAACGCCAUUGUUGAAAUGCCUGCAUACACAUUGAAUUCAGCAUGGUCCGAUAAAUUUGGGAGAAAGCCGCUGACAGUAGGAACAAUGUGGUUUAGUGGUGUGUUCUGUUUGGUAGGCAGUAUGAUUCAGGGGUAUGGAAAUUGGAAAGGCUUAGAAAUGAUAUGUGGGAUAUUAGGGAUUUUGGGUAUGGCUGGAAGUUAUAAUAUAUUGUUUGUUUAUGAUGUGGAAUUGUUUCCUACGGUGGUGAGAAACGCGGCUUUAGGAUGCGCGACACAAGCGUCUCAGAUGGGGGCGAUACUAGCGCCGGUUGUGGUGCUCAUGGGUGGUAAAGUGGCCUUUGCGGUGUUCUCUGUUUGUGGAAUUGUUGGGGGUUUGUUGGCUUGUUAUUUGCCUGAAACAUUGAAUCGACCGUUGUAUGAUACAAUUGGUGGUAUGGAAGAGGGUGAAUCAAAUAGAGGACUUAGGUAAAUCUUUCACAAAUUCUCGAUUCAAAUAAGACGAUUUCACAGCUGAAAUUAUCACUAUUGGGAUGGCUUUAUGUACACUUAUUGUAUUAAACUGAUCAUUUACAGUUUUAAAGCAACGAAUCACUAAUAAGUUUAAAGUGAUGACUUGUGACUUUAAAGUGAUCAAUUAAAAGAACGGGCUAAUUAUAUGAAUUCAUCUCAUAGUAAAACGAUUUACUGGUGAGAAAUGGGCUAAUUAGUUGUUAUUAUGAUGUUGUUGUAGUCGAAUGAAAGGUUUAGUCA